AUGACACCUACACUUUAUCAUUCUUCUCUUCAAAACAACAUUAUCAUUAUGCAAGAUAUGGGUCUGCAUUCUGACCUCCAGAAGGGUACUAUUGAAGGAAUAAAUAAUGCUAACAUUUUUAUGAAAAAAUUCUUUAUUGACAUUUUGAAUGAAGCAGGAAAGAGAAGAUGGAGUUCAAUUGAAUCAUGUACAUAUAAAGAAGAGUGUUUACUUGUUGAAAAAGAAGAUGCCAAAAAAAGGAAAAUUUGUGUAAAAAAGAUUGUGAAGAUUGGAAUUGAAUUAUUGGAGGGUAAAGAAGGAGUCUUAGAAAGAGUUCUAUGCAUGGACAUCAAUAUAAUGAAUUAA